AUGGUAUUUUAUGGUCAACCACCGAUACGACCUUCUUCGUUAAAAAUCAAAAAUAGAUCCACCGGUGAUAGUACUGAAAUCGAUGAUGACUUAGAUAUUCAAUCUUCAAGUAAAAUAUGGAAUGUUUCAGUACCAGAAGGCAUUUAUUAUUUGUCCAUAACUAGUGGUACAAAUGAAGGAAUUUCUGGUGAUUUUAUCGUUUCAAAAGACAAAAAUUCACAAGAAAUUAUACUUUUAAUUCUUCCCAUAAUUGCAGAAAAUUCUUCAAAAAUAAGUGUCUUAGUUCUUAUUGAAAUUAUUGCGGGCGGAUGUGCUGUAGUUUUGUUUCCAAUUUUUGUCGGAAUUUAUUUUCUUAGGGUGCGGUACAAAAAAGAACGCAAUGAAGGUAUCACCCAAAAAACAGACACUAUAAAUUCUAUGAAAGAAUUUGACGAAGAAUAUAUUUUAACAAAUGAAAAAAAACAUGGCUUUGUUUUCACAUAA